GCUUCUUAUCGAUAUGAUAAGCAUCACCCAUAAAUUGCUCUCUUUGGAGUUCGAACUCUCAUGACAAGGUUUUAACCUGGAGUAUAUAGGCCGAUAGCCUGACUGCAGUUUGUUCAACGAUCCAACAUGAGAUGGCGAGUGUGUAUCUAAGCCAUCACGCGAGAAGGAAGCUUGAGGUGAGUCCAGAAUUAAGACUAUGGUAUUCCAGGAUGUGUAAAGCGACGACGCCGAGCAUGCUUCCCUCUUGGACUGGUGAUCCAAAUGCAGCUGCUAACGAACGACCUAAACCCUUAUAAAAAGAUUGCAGUCCAACCUAAACUCGGUAAUCAGGCUCAUGUUCCUCUCGCCUAAACGCUUCUAUUGUCUGUGCUCAUAAAUCUAUUAUAUUGCUCAUCUGAGUGCAAUAUCGAGUGUCGCUGAUCAAUUUAUCAGUAUGGACUCGGUUGUUUUAUAGCCAGGUCCACGAUCAAUACCUGGAUAGCACGCUAGUGUAGUCAGGAAUAGCUUCUCAUCUCAUGCCUGAACAGGGGACGGAUGGACAUGGAAUAAGACUACCAAUCGGGUUUAAUGCAGGACAGCGACAUUUUAGGAUGACCGUAUUCUGAUCUGAUUAUUGGCAGAUUCACCUGCAGGUUCAUUCAACAAGACCUUCAACAAAUCGUUCAGAUUCUAACCCACGGAAUUACAUCUAUAUAUAUGAUGCAUGAAAUAAUUGACGCCAUCAUCACUUCUCUGGAGACGGUAUCUAGAAUUCAUGUCGGAUUAAUAGGUUAUGUUGUCAACAAAAAUCAUACCCGUUAUUUACAUCGGCAGCACGCCGGGAUGAUUCGAUGGAACACGACCGACCAGCCAAACACCUGUGAUUGAUGGUCUCAUUAUCUCGAUAUCAAAUUUUAUCUACUCACCCCAGGCACAAUUACCCGGACUAACCUUUAAACCGAGUUUCUCUGAAUCCAGGGACCAAUCGCUUUUCCAACUCCGCGGCAGUUACCUGUAUUGUUCGUGUAACGUUUUGUUGACGAUCGUUUCGGUGACUAUUUUAUGGCUGAUGCAAUUCUAGAAUCGGACAGUCGAUAGAUGCCUCCAAUUGCGGAUGAUGUCGAAUAGUAAGAGUGAAUCGCGAUCAAGCACGAACCUGCAUGUGCGUUUGAACUGGUUUGAUACUAUAGAGAUCUGGAUGUGAAUAAUCGAAUAGUAUAGUACCUUUUCGGGACCAUCAACCAUGCUAUACUCUUUACAGUAUUAAAAUUGCGAAAGGACAGACUUUAAAUUCUAAGAUAUAAAACAUCCAUUACCUGCAAAUUCAAACAGUCUUUCGGUACCAUUACUUCUUCAGUGACGAUAUCCAUCAAUAUUAUUAAGACCGUCCGUGUUAAGCUUUCGUCACUUUCACAGGAAAAGCCGUUGUAGGAAGUUCGUGAGGUGAAUACUGAGGGCGUUACCGGAAUUGCUGCUUUUGCUUUGAACCAUAGAAAAAGCAAUAACACGUGCAGCUGCAUUGUGCUCGCUGCUUAAUCUGCAUUCCUCACGCUGACGAGUUUUCGAAAACAGACAAGUGUCACCAUGCCUCAUCAGAAGGACGAGCCAGAGAUCGAAUACCUCAGGACAUACUGCUUAAGCAAAGGUGUGGCCGGCAUCAAAGGCCUUGGAGCACUUUUCAGAGGACUUGACAAAGACUUCUCAAAGCAUCUGAAUUACCACGAGUUCUCUGGCGGACUAAAGCAGUUCGGUGUCGGAUUCAACGAACAACAAAUCCAGACUCUUUUUCGCAUUUUUGACAAGGACCAGAAUGGUUGCGUUGACUUUAGUGAAUUUCUUCAGAAGCUCCGUCCACCGAUGGCACAGAGUCGGAUUAAUGUGACAAACGAGGUCUUCUCGCAUCUUGACCACACUGGAGAUGGAAGGCUGAUGGUCGAUGACUUGAAAGGCGAAUUCCGUAAACAUGUGAGACGACAUCCCAAGUUUCUCGCGGAGGAAUGGACGGAGGAGCAGGUAUUGGUGAGCUUCCUCAACACGUUCGACACCCCCGAGGACAUCGACGGCAUAGUGACUCGGGACGAAUUCCUGGCUUACUACUCUGGAGUCAGCUCGACCAUUGAGGAAGAUUGCUAUUUCGACCUCAUGAUGAGGUCUUGUUGGGGACUGAAAUAGUGCAGAGCAGACAUUAGUUGAACUCGCUCAUUGUCCAAUAUUAGACCAACCCGCCGUCCUGGUGUAACGUUUUUGAGUGUUUCCGUUUCCGAGUGUGUGUUUGGGAACGCUUAAAGAUCCCAAUUGAAAAUUCAUGGUCUCUUCAGCUACCCGAUAGAAACAUUGGGAACAACCACAGACUAGUAGUGCGAGCUCGAGUGUAUCUGAGUGUGAGUAUUUUUCCAAUAGAUCAAGUCUCAAAUGGUUGUUGUUGGGGUAUUGGUCGCCUUAUUCCGUAGACAGGGAAACAUAGGAGAGCACUGAAGUAUUGGAAACACUGACAAAUGUUACACCGGUCCGCAGUCCAGCGAUAUCAUGCAUUUAACUAUACUCAUUUCCAUCCAACUUUCUAUCCGGCAGCGAAGGCAGUAGCGUUUUUACUUGGAAAUUAUAUGUCCAGACAUUUUUAUCGUUUUGUAACAGACUCUUGAUAUACGAUCUGUUCUCUGUUCUGUUCAGUUGCUAAUAAGAAGACCAAUCUGACCAGUCAAGUCGUCAUUCUUCAUCCUCGGAUAUUGCCGUAAUUAAUAUUUUGCAUUCGCGCAAUACUGAUCAAUGACAGAUUGUAUUGUGAACCAGCUGUCACCUGCUCUUAUAUGUAAAAGCAAUAAAAUGAGAAUUCCA